AAUAAAACCACCAAUCUGUUCUUCAAUUUUGCGUCUGCAAAGCGUUCGUAGUUUGAUCUGAUCGGAAAAUGGCGGAGAUUGAAUUGAAAACAGCACCAGCUGAUAUUCGUUUCCCUACCACAAAUCAAACUAGACAUUGUUUCACUCGCUACAUUGAGUUUCACAGGUGUCUGGCAACAAAAGGUGAGGAAUCUGCUGAUUGUGAAAAGUUCGCAAGAUACUACCGUUCCCUCUGCCCUGGUGAAUGGAUUGAGAGAUGGGAGGAUCAGAGGGCUCAGGGAACUUUCCCCGGUCCUCUGUGAUUGCCCUGCUUGCUUUGUUUUCUGUGGCCAGUUCUGCAUGGGAACUAUGGAUUGAUCAACUUUCACUUCAGACUUCUUGUGAUUUUUGAAGAAAGCAAUUGACAUAAUAAAAUGAUAUUGGAAACAGUUUGGAGUUGUUUUAACUCUAGUGCUAGAUCAUGGGGCUGACCUGGUUGAAAUGCACCCAGAUCUUUUCAGAUGUUCUUCAAAUUAUGAUUUCGUGGUUUU